AUGGCUGAUGAUUCUGAGAAGCCAAACACAACCAGAGAUCAAUCUGUUCUUGCGACUUCAUGCUCCAACAAAAGAACAAGAACAGGAAGUGAAAACCCGUCUUCAUCUUCAUCAGAACCUGUCAAUUUCUCUCUGAAUGAUCUCCAAGUCCUCUUGAUUGAAGUUCUUCAAAGGCUAUCCACCACCAAAUCUGCUUUUCUUUGCAAAAGUGUGUGCAAGAAUUGGUACUCUCUUAUUUCUUCUCCUUAUUUUGUUCGUCGCUUUAUAACCCACCAUGUCAAUCAUCAGUACGAGCAAUGCCCAUCUGCCCUUUUCAUCAAUUAUUCGACUGAAUCCAAUGGUUGUGGACUAUUCACCUUUUCUGAUGAACCCAUGUUCAAAUCUAGUGGAUUUGAGCUCAAGUAUCUCCCUGAGAGAAAUGGGUCGGUUAGGGUUUUAGCCAUUUUCAAUGACUUGAUUUUAUGCUCGGUCAAGAAGCGGAAUUUAAACCUGUGGUAUUAUAUCUGUAAUCCAUUUACAACUGACUGGGUUGCCCUCCCUUUGCUUGAACUUGAUGACGAGGAAUUCAAUACCAAGACUCAACAAUGGUAUAGAUCAGUCCUUGAAGGUUCAGAGUAUACCUGGUCUAGUAAUGUUGUUGCCUACAAUGGGAAGUUUCUUUGGUACAACGGUGAGCAAAUUUUUGCAUACGAUCCCUUCAAUCCCGAGCUAUCCACUUUCAUUGAUUGCACAUAUAUUCGUUCCACAAAGUUUCAGUGGCAUUGGACAAGAUAUUGCAUUGGGGUAUGUCGAGGCUUUUUGCGGAUGAUGCAAUCGACGGCUCAUCACAAUAUUAAAGCUUUGGCUAUUUGGGAACUCAAAGAUUAUACUACAUGGGAAUGGACCUUGGUGGACAAGGUUUAUCUUGACGGAAUGAUACUUGAGAAUUCUUUUCUCGAGAAAAUUUUAGAUGGUAACGAGUACACUUUACAACCACUGGGUUUCCACCCAAAUGAUGGGGCUAUUGUGUACUUACAGUUCCGAACUUUUGUCAUCUCAUGCAACACGCAGACAAGAGAGUUGAAAAUGGUCGAUGAUCCUCCAGGUGAAAAAGAUUUUUAUGAUCAAGGAGGUGUCUUCCGUAUUGAACUUCCAUUGUGGCCUACUCCAGUUCCCAAACGGAUUGAAGUCCUCCCAAGCUCUUAA